GCUUUCAGUGACAGACUGUGACAGUGAAACAUGUCUGGACGUGGAAAGACCACCGGCAAAGCCAGAGCCAAGGCAAAGACCCGCUCCUCUCGGGCAGGACUCCAGUUCCCGGUCGGUCGUGUCCACAGGCUGCUGAGGAAGGGCAACUAUGCGGAGCGUGUGGGUGCCGGCGCCCCCGUCUACCUGGCGGCUGUGCUGGAGUACCUGACCGCUGAGAUCCUGGAGCUGGCUGGAAACGCUGCCCGCGACAACAAGAAGACCCGCAUCAUUCCCCGUCACUUGCAGCUGGCUGUCCGCAACGACGAGGAGCUCAACAAGCUGCUGGGCGGAGUUACCAUCGCUCAGGGCGGCGUGCUGCCCAACAUCCAGGCUGUCCUGCUGCCCAAGAAGACCGAGAAGCCCGCCAAGUCCAAGUGAAGUUGGAGACCAGCUCAGCAACACAAAGGCUCUUUCAGAGCCACACACAAACUCUCAAUGAGCAUCUGAACACCAAUCUCAGAGUUAUUUCACUUGUUCAUGUGACAUUUAGAGUUAAAUUAAUCUUCUACAUCCAUAUAUCUGACUCAAUCACAUGCUGCUAAUUCUGGAAUUACCUAUUCUAACUAAAGUUUCUGUCAGACACUGAUUUAUUGAGAUUCAUAUGAGAACUCAUUGUCAUUACAGUAGGGAUGAGCCUUGUCCAUUUUGAUUAUCCUCCAAUAUUAA